CAUAAUAUUGGGAAGGUUGAAAUUUUGUAGUAACAAGAUGAGGAGAUUAUUGCAGCGUGUCGCUAUUUCUUUGAUGAAAGAACUAAUAUGGUGUGUCGCCUGGCGCAGAAUUGACUGGAGAAAACUGUUUUUUGCUGGGGCCAUAAUGACAGUAGCAGGAGUGUUGCUUCCAACCUUUGUACUUACUUAUCCCAUGUGGUUCCUCUCUUCACCUGUUGUUACUUCUUCACACCAGCCCUUAAAUGGUUCCAUGCACUUGAGCAAGACACUAACUGAGGCAAGGUUUGAACAAUUUCAACUUGUUCCUGCAUCUCCCAUAGUUUCACUGAAUUCCACCCAAGUAACUCAGCCAUUGCCAUUUAAGAAAGAGAGGACCAGAACUAAGAGAUAUAGAAGGAAAAAGAGGAAAACCAAGAUAAACGAUGAGCCAACAGUUAUACCACCUCCACCUCGUAAAACAGUAUCCCCUCGCUUGCAGAGACACAUUGCUUCUUUACCACCUCAUGAGGCACUUGUGUAUGCUAAAAGGGAGAUUGAACAUGCACCAGCAGUCGAUGACGAUCCUUAUCUCUAUGCUCCUGUGUUUCGCAAUAUUUCCGUUUUCAUGAGAAGCUAUGAAUUGAUGGAAAUGAUACUUAAAGUCUACAUUUACCCUGAUGGAGAGAGGCCCAUUUUCCAUGAUCCUCAUCUCAUGGGGAUUUAUGCUUCUGAAGGAUGGUUCAUGAAGUUAAUGGAGGAAAAUAAGGAAUUUGUCACAAGGGACCCUGAAAAGGCUCAUUUGUACUAUCUACCUUUCAGUGCCCGCCAGCUAGAGUUGGCAGUCUAUGUCCCAAACUCGCAUGAUUUGAAACCAUUAUCAAUAUUUCUAAAAGAUUAUGUGAACAUGAUUUCUGAAAAAUAUCCUUUUUGGAAUCGCACGCGUGGAUCAGAUCAUUUUCUUGUUGCCUGCCAUGAUUGGUGUCCUUACACAACAACUGCACACCAGGAACUAAGGAAAAACACCAUCAAAGCUGUAUGCAAUGCUGACCUCUCUGAAAAAAUUUUUAUACCUGGGAAGGAUCUAUCGUUGCCAGAAACUGCCAUAAGAAAUCCUGGAAGGCCUCUUAGAAAUAUUGGCCGUGGGAAUAGAGUAUCACAACGCCCAAUCCUUGCUUUCUUUGCAGGAAACAUGCAUGGCAGGGUCCGUCCCAGACUUCUCAAGUACUGGCACAACAAAGAUGAGGACAUGAAAAUUUAUGGCCUUUUACCCACACGAGUUUCUAGAAAUAUAUCUUACAUUCAGCACAUGAAAUUGAGUAAAUACUGCAUAUGCCCUAUGGGAUAUGAAGUGAACAGCCCGAGGAUUGUAGAGGCUAUAUAUUAUGAGUGUGUCCCAGUUAUCAUAGCAGAUAACUUUGUAUUGCCUCUCAGUGAAUUUCUAGAUUGGAGUGCAUUCUCUGUGACAGUGGCUGAGAAGGAUAUUCCAAAACUGAAGGAGAUUCUAUUGGCUAUACCACUGAGACGAUACCUCAAAAUGCAAAUAAAUGUGAAGAUGGUGCAGAAGCAUUUUCUCUGGAACCUAAGGCCAAUGAGAUAUGAUUUGUUCCAUAUGAUACUGCACUCCAUUUGGUUCAACAGGCUAAACCAGAUCCAAAUCCCUUGAAUUUUUUUCCAAGUACUGCCUGUUGUGAUGAUGAGAUGUAAAGCGUUAAAACUAUCAAGAAAGCCAGCAUUAACAACUAGAAAUUUGAAGGUUUGGUAGUCAGCAUGAUGAAGAAUGCAGUAGGAUUGGUUGCUUGGGUUAGAUAAUCUGCAGCUGGUUAAAAAUUAUUAAUGCUUUGAGUUGAAGAUAGGGUCAAAAUCUUCCGAAAUAGGUUGUUGAUAUACCAGAUUGAGGCUUUCUGAUGAAGAGUCAUCGUAGGACCUAACAUCACAAUUUUGAGAGACACCAUGUUUGAAUGAACAAAUACCAACGAAAAUUUCUCUAUUAUUAGGGGCUGGAGCAUGUGCACUGUGUACAAUAAUCUGACAUGAAAACAGUGAAAGCUUGUACAAUAACAGACCUCUGAAUCUCAUUCAAUGAGUUGGGAAGAAGCUGCAAUUGGACAUUUUUUAGUGCCUGAAGAUUGUUCAAUAAAAAAAUUUUCUCGUU